AACUACAUCUGGGUCGAAAACCUGGAAAUGUGAGGUUCACGAGUCUCGAAGGGAGGGAUGACUUUGCAAGAAUAGUGCUCUACGACAUCAGACCUCCAGCGUAUGCCAGGCAGCUGGCCGACCGAAUGAUCAAGAAGAUGGAUCAUCUUAAUGGGGGCAGGAGCUGGCUAUCCGCUCACAUGCGAAGGGGUGAUUGUGCGUAUCCAUUUCCCCCCACAGAUUUCCUUGCGCUCCUUCUAACUAUCCGACAGUUGCACGUCUUGGUUGGUCAAUGGAAGCGUCUAUCGAAAGGCCCGCAGUAUACUAGAGCAUAUCCGUUUGCUCUCACCAAGGACCUACGACGUUCCCGAUGUAGUUCCCAAUAUGGAGCUUUUCUCAAGAAAACCUCCUCUCCCGGGCGACUAGUGACUGUAACGUUGGGGCUAACGAUCCUCGGUAGCAUCUAUUUGGCCACAGACGAACGCGAUGAUCAAGCUAUUAGAUAUUUAGGAGAAAAUGGAGCAAA